AAGCGGUUGCUUGUUUACUUUCACUUUCCCUGUUACUCAGAGACUGCUCUCGUAGGGGGGAGAGAUGGGGCGGGUGCCGGGGAACGAUCAGGAAUUAUUCCCUUUCUCCUAGCACACCGAGAAGAUCGGAGGGUUUGAUGCCUUUGGGGUGGAAGAUGUCCGACAGCCUUCAGCGUAAUGGGAACCGGCCCCACGUUAUCGCUUCACUCGCUCGCUCUGUGGACCCUCUACGGGGUCAUUGUGGCACAGUCACCCAUCACAGCUCAGUGCGGCGAGGACAUUACCCUGAGCUGCACCUUUCCCACACUCGGCUUGGCAGCAAAUCAACAAGUGAACGUCACCUGGAAGAAGCCAAGAGCCGAAGGACCAGACCUGCUGGUCCACAGCUACUCUUUGGGAACAGAGAAACAAUCUGAGGCUUACAGGGGGCGGACGCAGCUGGAUCCAGAAGGAUUCGCCAAAGGGGACGCAUCCCUGAGACUGAGGGAUGUUCACAUUCAGGACGAGGGGUUUUAUAGGUGCUUUGUCAACUCUGAGCUGGGCCCAUGGUCUGAGGAGACGUCGCUGACAGUGCUGAGGGCAAGACAGCGAGAGUCGCCCGUUGUAGUUCAGGAAGGGCAGGACGUCACCCUCAGCUGCUCCUUCGAACCUGAGCGAAACCUCCGGCUGUUGAACAUCGCCUGGAAGAAGGAAACAGCGGAGGGACAGGAUCUCCUGGUUCACACGUACUAUAAUGGGAGGGACCAGAUGCUGAGACAGAAUAAGGCUUACUGGGGCCGGACCCAGCUGUAUCCGGAGAGCUUCCACGAGGGAAUCGCGUCCCUGAGACUCAAGAACGUCCGGCUGUCAGAUGACGGGGUCUACACCUGCCACGUCAAGCCCGAACUGGGCAGGUUUUCCAUGCGGAUGAGAGUUACCGUGGAGAAGGGCGCCAGGUGUGUCUGGUUCUAUUGGGCACUUCUUCUUCUUCUUCUUGCUCUUUCCCCGUUGGUAAUGCUUAUCAUCAUUAAAAUGCAUCGUCUUCCCGUCCGAUGGAAACUGAGGCCAUCCAAACACGCCUUUCGAUUGGAGGCUGAACAGACAGACAUCCGUCUGUCUGAUGACUAUGAGGAGAAAAAUGACAACGUGGAGGGAAGAGCGCAGCCGGAAGCAUAUUUCUUGUGGGACAUAAGAGUGGAUGAUACCAAACAGACUCGAGAGUCCUGGCAGACACCAGCCUGGGAUGAACGACGCGCAUGGGAGAAGCCUAAACAGCCAAAAUUCUCUCGUGGAAAGUCUCCUGCAAGGGAAAAGGUUCCCAGAAAUAUUGCCCGGAAGCCUAGCAAGAAAGGCCAGCGGCUGGGCUCGGAUGGGGAUAGCGCGGACUCCUGGAGCGACAAGUUCACUUCUGAAGCAAGUGAUUUUUCCGAAGUGGACUCUGCGUGGCAGGAGGAUGGGGGGUCAUCACAAAAGACCAGGUGUAGGAUCGCUCUCCUGGGGCAGACGGGUGCUGGGAAAUCAUCCUUUGUCAAUGCCAUUAGAGGCCUGGGUGAUGAAGAGGAAGGUGCUGCUAAAACCGGGGUGGUGGAGACGACAAUGGUACCAACUUCUUACCGGCUUCCCAAACAGCCCAAUAUUACAAUAUGGGACCUGCCGGGGUUCGGGCCGACAAAGCGUCAAUCAGACACAGACCUUGAUCUCUUCAGCUUGAGCCAAUACGAUGCGUUCCUUAUCUUCUCCUCCCACCACUUCACAGCCACCCAUGCUGGCUUGGCCCGGAAGAUCCAGCGAGCGGGGAAGAAGGUUUAUUUUGUGCGCUCCAAGGUGGACCAGGAGUUGCUUCCUGCCCGGAGGCAUCAGCCUUCUACCUAUAAUGAAGAGCGAAUUCUGCAGGGAAUCAGAGACACCUGCAUGAAACACUUGCAGAGAGAAGGGGUGACUUCCCCGCAGGUUUUUCUCCUGUCUAGCUUUGAAUAUGGCCGGCAUGACUUCCCUCUCCUAGAGGAAAUAUUACAGCGAGAAUUUGGGAGUCAUUUCCCUGAGAUUGGAACCAGCCCGGAGUUACGCCUGAGCACUACCGGGGUGAGCGAGAGGGGAAUCGCGCCCUGUGCCUUCGUUCCUGAUGUUCAGCGGAUCGCCUGGGGCAGGAGCCAGCCCUUCACAGACUGUCCUGCCUUCGCCUGCAGACGCAGGCUGCUCCGUGCCAUGGCGAGAGUCAGUCUUGUUUGCUCACUUCACGCGAUUGUGCUGUGGACUCUCUGCGGGGUUGCUGGAGAGGAGACAGCCAUCACAGCUCAGUACGGGAAAGACGUCACCCUGACCUGCAUCUUCCCUUCCAAAUUUAAAAUAAGCUUCCAUCGAUUGAGCAUCACCUGGACAAAGGAAGGUGCCCAGGGCCAGGAUCUCCUGGUUCACAGAUUCCAUCUGAAGAUGAACUGGCUGGAGGGACAGGAAGAGGCUUACAGGGGCCGAACGCAGCUAUAUCCACAGGAAUUCCCCCAGGGAAACGCAUCCCUGAGACUCAGUGACGUUCGCCUCCACGAUGAGGGAUCCUACCUCUGCAGCGUCACCUGUGAGCUGGGAAGCUGGUCCCAGAAGAUUUCACUUACAGUGCUAAGUGACAGUGAAAUGGAAAGGCCCAUCAUAGUUCAGACAGGGGAGGACGUCAUCCUGAAUUGCUCCUUCCAAUCCGAGUUAAAUCACCAGCCACUGAACAUCACCUGGAAGAGGGAAGAAGAGGAGGGACCAGAUCUCCUGGUUCACAGCUACUGCUCUCAGCUGGACCCACUGGAAACACAGGAUGAGGCUUACCGGGGCCGGACCCAGCUGUAUCCGGAGAGAUUCCACGAGGGAAACGCGUCCCUGAGACUCAAGAACGUCCGGCUGGAGGAUGACGGGGUCUACUCCUGCCACGUCAAGCCCGAACUGGGCAGGUUUUCCAUGCGGAUGAGAGUGGCCGUGGAGAAGGCUGCUGAGCUUGUCCAGAGCCCAUCAACACUGUGCAGUCUGUGGUUGAUUGAUCUGGGAGUAUUACUGGUGAUAUUAGCAUUUGCUUUCCUUCGAAUGUAUUAUCCUUUCUUGCGGAAACCGUUGAACAAAAAGUCGCCUCGAAGUGAGUCCCAGCAGACUGCGUCUGACCAUAAAAAAGACAAAGAGGAGAGAAGUCAUCUGCUCCGGGGAUCCUCGUCGACCUCUAUGGAGCCAGGAGUGGCCAAUCCCACCCACAGUCCACCUGCGCAUUCCUCCCCGGGACAGACUGCCAAAGACAGGGGAGAACCAAGGGCUGCUCCUGGAGUUCAAAUAGUACCUACAUUGAUUUCUAUAAUGCAGCAGAAGGCUUUGGAGUACACCAAGUUAAACAUCGCCAUUAUGGGAGAGCUAGGCUGUGGGAAAUCGUCUUUCAUCAACACCAUGCGGGGGCUAUGUGAUGAAGACGAAGGUGCUGCCCCACUCGGGGAGGAAGAAAUGAUGAUGGAGCCAAAAGCUUAUCAGCAUCCCAAACACCCAAGCGUGACUUUCUGGAGACUGCCAAUAGAUUUUCAGCCAUGUCUCCAGCCGGUGAAAUUUGUCCACUAUGACUUCUUCGUCAUCAUGGGUUUAGAGGGAUUCACAUGUAAGCAUGCUGAGCUGGCCCGGGAGAUCCAGAAGGCAGGGAAGGUGUGUUACUUUGUGCGCUCCAAGGUGGAUGCAGAUUUGGCUUCUGCCAAACGUAGCCGGCCCUCCACCUAUGAUGAGGAAAAUAUACUGCAUGACAUCCAUAACCACUGCAUCAGGUGCCUGGGAGAGGGAGAGUUGAUCAAUCCUGAGGUUUUCCUCCUCUCCACAUUUGAAUUAAACAAGUACGAUUUUCCCCGCCUGCGAGACAGCAUGGAGAAAGCGCUCCCAGGUGACAAGAAAAGGGCUUUGAUACUAGCCCUGCCCAACACCUCUCCGCAAAUCUUGCAAAAGAAAAAGGAAGCCCUGCAGAAUCAGAUCUGGAAAAUAGCCCUUGUGUCCUCUCUUAUCACGGUUAUUCACAUACCCGGUAUCUCCACCAUUCUUGACAUAACCAUCCUGCUGAUAGUCAUGAGAUACCACUGCCUGGUCUUUGGCCUGGAUGAUGUCUCCUUCACGGCUCUCACAAGGCAGUUUGGCAAACCAGCGGAAGAGCUGAAGGCCAUUAUGAAGCCCCAGCUGGCCAAGGAAAUUACAAUUAAUGUGGUCUUGCAGCUCCUGUCCUCGGUUGGGUGCGGCAUAUUCACAGGAGUUGGUUUGUCUCUGUGGCCUUUACAGGUGCUAGGAUUCAAGCUGUCUGGAGGAGUUACAGCAGUAGGAUUCUUGGGGGCUGGUGGAAUUUCACUGGCUACCACGUGUAUCCUGCUGAAAACCUUUCUCAACUGUGCUGCUGAAGAUGCCCAAAGAAUCCUACAGAAGCUCAGUCCAUAUGACAACAGGGAAAGCUAACGAAGCUAACGAGAUGACUCAAAUGAGGAAGGAUUUCCAGGACCAUAAUUUUCAGGGCACACACUUCACGAGCACCAUGUGCUUAUUCUGCUGUUCUUGUCCCUGUUCUGGUCCUUCCUUUCGAAGCUCCCCUGGUGUAAUCCUCCAGCACGUAACUCCACCAGCUUCCACUUGACACUGGAACUGGGCUAAGAUUGUCACACAAGACGGGCUUAGAUUGGAAGAACCAGCAUCAUAAACCCGGGUCAACGGAUGAAUAGUGAAAUGAUUGAAUUUAGGUGUGUGGGAAAGAUGCUGGCACAGAGCCUGAGUCCUUCGUGUAUUCCCAGCCCAGGCAGCUGGCCCUGUUCUACUUUCCUGCUCAGAGUUCUUUCGUUCUUGUAUUGUUUCUUUUCCUGUUAUCUACUUAUAUUACAGCAACACUUACUGGAGACCCCAGCUGCGAUCAGGGUCCCUUUGUGCCGGGCGCUGCCCAGACACAGUGAGAGACAGUCCCUGCCCCCAGCUGAGAUCGGGACCCAGGCAUGCCGGGCGCUGCCCAGACACACAGCCAGAGACAGUCCCUGCCCCUAAGAGUUUACAAAGAGACACAAGUUGGGAGGGGAAAUGGAGGCACAGAGCGAGACCCUAAGCAGGACAGAAACACACCCUGCGUCUCCUCACUCCAAGGCUAGUGGGCUAA